CGGAGAGCUGGUGGUGUCGGUCUGUGUGAACAAACCCAUGCAGAAACCUUCACCGAGCAGGAUGCAGUUCAUGUCCAGACCUGAUGGUAGAGCGGAGAAUGGGAAGCAGUGACCUGACAAGAGCUGAGAUGAUAGAGCUGGAUAAAGAAGGACGCGGUCACCUGACACGUCUUCAUCACAAAAUUUCAAAUGCUAUUAGAUUAUGAAUGAUAAUCUUAAACUAUAAUUUACCUUAUUAGUAAGUUUAUUUAUUUUAUUUAGCCUUGUUGUGCAAGCUCUCUGGAGCUUGUGCAGAGGCAGCAGCUUUUGCCAGAGGGGAACUGGAAUCCCCUGGUUGGGUCUGGGUUCUCCUGAGGUUUUUUUUCUCGAUUAGAGUUUUGGGUUCCUCGCCACCGUUUGCAUACUGUUUUUGCACUAUUUCACUGGCCGGGGGGGCUGCUUUAGAAUUUUAAAGUUUUACUUAAUUAAUAUUGCAUAUAGGAAUGUAUAGUCUGUUAUAUUUGACCUGUGCCUCUCUCCUUUAUCUUAAAUGUGUGCUCUCACUGUGCGUGUGUGUGCGCGUACUUGUCUGUGUACGUGUGUGUGUGCGUGCGCAUCCGUGUGUGUGUGUCUAUAUCUAUGUGUGUUUGUACGUGUGCAUAUUGUGUGUGUGGAGUGUUUUGUAUGUGGGUAUGUCUGUCUUCUGUGUUUUCAACUUUUUCUUGUUUUUGCAGGUACAACUUUAAUUGUUUUGCUUAUAGUCAAUAUGUCUUAUGUACAGCUGCUUUGUAACAAUGAAAAUUGUAAAAAGCGCUAUAUAAAUAAAGUUGAGUUGAGUUGACCUGUGAGAAACAUUGCUAUUAAUUUGUAAUUGAUACAAUUAUGGUAGUACCUUAUGGUAGUAUUCUAUCAGUUAUGCAGUUAAGUAAGACCAUACAAAAGCAUGAGCAAAUUAAUACAACCCUCUGGCAGCGUUGGUCUUAUAAGAGAACGUGUUUUUAGGGACCGCAAUGAUUUUCUGGACCACGAUGAUGACUGGCUUAUCAGCCGUUUCCGAUUUCCAAGGGCUAUCCUCUUGGAGCUCUGCGCGGAGUUGGGUCCGAAUUUGGAGAGAGAGACCGCGAGAAGCCAUGCAUUACCCGUUCACUUACAGGUGCUCACAUGACUUGGUUUCCUGGCAUCUGGUUCUUUCCAAAGGGAAUUGGCGGACCGCUCAGGAAUAAGCCAGUCGUCUUUGAGCCGUGCAAUGCCAGCUGUAUGGGACGGGAUCAUCCACAUAUCUAACAGGUUCCUGUAUGAUGCAGUUGACCAGCCAAACAUUAAAGCGCAAUUUGCAGCGAUAGCCAGUUUUGUAAUCGGAGCGAUCGACUGCACACACAUUGCUAUAAAGACGCCAUCUAAGGAAGAAUUUGCAUAUGUGAAUUGGAAACAUUUCCAUUCAAUAAAUGUGCAGAAAACAUGUGAUGCACAAAUGCGCCUUACAAAUAUUGUGGCAAGGUGGCCUGGGUCAACACAUGAUUCAUACAUCCUUACAAUCAGCAUGGCUGGGAUGAGGCUGGAAGCUGGCAGGGUGCGCGAUGGUUGGCUUCUUGGAGACCGCGGUUAUCCACUAAAGAUGUGGCUGUUAACUCCCCUCACCAAACCACAAACUGACCGAGAGUGCAGAUACAAUGAUGACCAUUCUCGCACUCGGUCAGUUGUAGAGAGGGCAAUUGGGCAGCUGAAAUGUGGCGCUGCCUUGACAGGACCGGGGGGAUGCUGUUAUACCGCCCUGUGCAGCCCAACCAACAAGCUAUUCAGGCCCGACAAUAUAAAUGAACAGCAUGCGUCAAGACGCGGCCAGACGGACGGGCCUCAGCACUGGAGGGAGCACUGGAAACACCGGAGAUGCCGGACACUGGCUGCUCAGGAGGAGCGGACUCUGAGUGCAUGCCAGUGCACAUUCCUGCUGUUGCACCAUCUGAGCCUAAUAAACACAAACAAAUGUUAA